AUGGACGCCUUAAUAUCUGGUGUGUUGCUAAUUCAUGGAAAGUACUUUUCUAGUUUUAAUACCCAUUCGCAAAUGGAAGAAUUCAAAUUUUGUUCAUCGGUUUUUGAUUUGUGGAUUUUGUCUUUGGUACGCUGUUGUACUUUACUUGGUGCCGUCUUUGGAGUACUGUUUUCUAAACGCAAAAUGGAAGCAGUUUCUAGAAUUACUGCAUUUAAGAAACCUUGGCUUUAUUACAGUGUUGGAGUUGUUGUCUUCGUUGUAACCAAAUUCCUUGUGAGCACGGAAUGUAACUUGGACAGAACAUCGAAGAUUUGGUUUUUGUCAUUCCUGGGAUGGACUGUAGUUGGCACAGUGAUUGCUAAUGGUCUUUGGUAUUUCCUCUCUAAAGUCAAAAUUACGGCCUUAUCUUCAGAACAAGAAACUGGUUCGAUACAAGGAAGAGAGGGUCUCCUCACUUUUCACGACUUUCAAGAUUCAGAAGAGAGUGACACCAAUGGGAAGAAAAACAAUAUUUCUGCUUGGAGACUGAUGUCUUAUUGCAAGCCAGACAUCCCCUACAUUUCUUUCGCAUCUGUUUUCCUCUUACUUGCAGCAACUGGUGAAAUAUUCAUUCCAUAUUAUACAGGACAGGUCAUAGAUGCCAUUGCCAUUGAUAAGGACAAGACCAAGUUUAUGAAUGCUAUUCUCAUUAUGACCCUUAUAUCACUUGGCACAGCAAUUUCAGCAGGCUUGCGUGGUGGGCUGUUCAACUUGAUUGCAGCAAGAUUUACCAGGAGAAUCAAUAAUGUUUUAUUUGGCUCUAUUGUGAAACAAGAAAUUGGAUUCUUUGAUAGUACAAAGACAGGAGAUAUUAUCUCACGUCUGAGCUCAGACACUACAAAGAUGUCCGAUCAAGUUGGAUUAAACAUCAAUGUGUUUCUGCGUAACUGUGUCCAGUCCAUUGGUACAUGUGUUUUUAUGUUCAAACUCUCUUGGAAGUUAACUACUGUAACUCUGGUUGGCUUGCCCUUGGUUGCAUUUAUCUCAGACAUUUAUGGAGACUACUAUAAGAAGUUGGCAACAGAAGUUCAAGAAGAAACUGCUAAGGCAAAUGAAAUUGCAGCAGAAGUUGUAUCUUCUAUGAAGACUGUUCGCAGUUUUGCAAAUGAGGAUGGUGAAUAUGAGCAAUAUAGGAACAAACAAGAUGCAAUAUAUAAACUUAAAGUCAAGGAGUCCUAUUUGUAUGGAGGAUAUCGAUGGUGCACUGAAAUCCUUUCCCUUGCCAUCGACGUCAUUGUUCUACUCUAUGGAGGUCAUUUAGUAAUGAAGGGAGAACUAAGUGGUGGAUAUUUAGUAUCUUUCAUUUUGUAUCUACUUCAGCUUAGCUUUUAUAUAGAUGAAGUAGGAGAGAUAUAUACAGGUCUUAUGGAGGCUGUUGGUGCCUCUCAGAAAGUAUUUGAACUCAUUGACCGAGAACCCAAAAUUCAGAACAGUGGCAUUGUGACUCCUAAUGAAGUUUCAGGUGAAGUUGAAUUUCAGAAUGUUUCCUUUGCAUACCCCACAAGACCAGAUAUUACAGUCUUGGAUAAAGUGUCGUUUAGCGUCAAACCAGGUGAAGUGAUUGCUUUAGUUGGUCCUAGUGGCGGUGGAAAGAGCACCUGCAUCAGUCUUCUGGAACACUUUUAUGAGCCAACUUCAGGUGAAGUUUUGAUUGAUUCAAUCCCAGUGAAGAAUUUUGAUCACAAAUAUUUGCACAACAAAGUGGCUCUGGUUGGUCAGGAACCUGUACUGUUUGCUAGGUCAGUCAAGGAAAACAUUACAUAUGGUCUUGGUAAUGAUGUUGAGAUUGACCAAAGCUUAGUCGAAAAUGUGUCCAAACUUUCCAAUGCACAUGCUUUUAUCAAUGAUUUGCCAGAGGGAUAUGAUACAGAAACUGGUGAAAAGGGCUUGCAGUUAUCGGGUGGUCAAAAGCAAAGAGUUGCUAUUGCUAGAGCAUUAGCUCGUAAUCCUCGAAUCCUCUUGCUGGAUGAAGCUACAAGUGCUUUAGAUGCAGAAAGUGAGCAUCUUGUCCAGGAUGCAAUUUACAAGAAUUUGACUGGCCACACAGUAUUGAUAGUGGCCCAUCGUUUGAGUACUAUCGAGAAAGCUGACAAAAUUGUUGUUAUUGAUCAGGGUCAAGUUAUUGCUCAAGGAAAGCAUGAAGAGCUAGUCCACCAAAAUGGACUCUACGCAAAGCUUGUGAGCCGCCAAAUGUUAGGGCUUGAAAGAAGGAAUUCUUCAACUGAUGAUACACUGCAUGUUGGGUUCAAACAUGUAGAUCAGAAUGAUUCAGAGAGCCGUAAUGGAAGCAGUUCUUCCUAUUCCUCUAGUCCACACUUCUCAGCUUUGUCUAGAAAGUGACCUUGUGGGCCUGUAAAGGAACUUCAGCAACAUAUAUUUUGGAUUAACUUUCAAAUUUAACUCGGAAGAUCUGCUUAUUAAUUAUCUCCACUUGCCACUACAAAUUUCUUGGUCCAUAACUUACAAGAAUUGGGUGUUGGAUUAAGAUAACAACCUCUAAGUAAUAACUUUGAGUCUUCUUGUUACCUGUUUUCUGGAUGAUGCAGGGAUAUUAUAGGGAGAAGUUACAUGUUAAAAGGGAAGAGGUUGAAGGGAAGGAAACCUUAAAAUUAUAAAUUUGGUUUGUCUGGUUAGAUAUUGGUAAUGGCAUAAAUUUGUUGAAAGAUGUGUCAAUGAGUCCUGUCAGCAUUUUUAAAUGCACGCAAGUCAGAUUUUGUGAGUUUCAAUAUUGAAUAGAGAGCAUGAAAAGUUAAGUUGCAUUUUAUUUUUAUCAAAUGCAGUUUGCAGAAAGUGUUUAUAUGGUGAAUCAAUUUGCUUUGAAAGAUUCAGAUUGAGUGUUUAGUAUGAGUUUCGAGUCUCUUUUGAGGAAUAUUGUAUAGAAAUUGAACACUCAUUCUGACAUGUUAUAAUCAACACCCUCUGCAUCUUAGAAUUUAUUUUAAUCAACUGUAUCUUAAAUUUCACACAGAUAAACUCACACUUACCUGUACUCUGGCCAACAAAAUGAUUACACAGAGUUGUUGAAACAUUAUACAAUUUUUUCAUGAUUGAAUAUCAUUUGGUUGUUUGCAGAAAACCUCCUUUUUUAAAAGCAAAAAUAAUGGUUGAAUGGGAAGAAGAUCAAAAUGAAUUACCUAUGAUGACAGGAAUUACACAGGCUAAUUUUUGAAGAUGUAUAGGCUAUAACAGGCUCCUGUAAUGGUUAUAAUGGUGAUGAAAAUUACCUUCCCAUAACAUCUUGUGGUGCAUUUUGACACACCAACCUGAGAAAUGAACAUCUGUCAACAAUAUUUUUGAUAAAAUAUCACUUAAACAUUUUGCAGAGAGGAACAAAGCCAUAAUUUUGAAAGUCAUCUGCAGUUUAAUUGUAAUUGCUUAAUCAAUAUAUGUUAAAGAAUGUUAUUUUAACUAUUUUGUGAGUUUAAGAUGUGACUCUUAGUCCACUGUUACAGUUUAAAUAAGUUAUAUAUUUUAAAGUUCUGUGACGAGAAUAAAGUUUGCCUCAGUCCCCAGCAAAGGCUUCCCGGUAUGAAUAAUCUUGUACCCAGGUCCUAAAAAGUAGAAAGUAGACGUAUGGAGACGUAUGGUGAAAUGUUAUCUGCCAUCUCGCUGGCUGUUCUUUUUGCUCUGUGCCAGGACCUAAACCUCGUUUUUCUACAUUUACUAGUCCUCGGUUGUAUGAGAUGACACUCGGAGAGAGACAUGGUUAUUAACUGCCGAACAUUCAUUUUGGAAAAGAUUCCAAACAGUAUAGAGAAGCUUUCCCUUUGACUCUUCCCUUUUUUCCUCGCCAAGUGUAUGUUUGGAGAACAGCUCCCUCACCGCAUCUGUUUUUCUAGCAAGAAAGAAAACUUAGAGGCAACUACAUUUUGAUUCUGCAUUUUGUGUACCGGUGAGCCAUAGAAUGAACAGACUCCGCGUUUUACCCUCCCCUUCCUGAUAACAAAUUAAUCCCAAACGAUAGCCUGUUUUACUAUCCCUCAAAGAUUCAAACCUGUGCAAAGUGCAUGACGGCAGAUGGGUGAAAUUAGGACAAAUUUUCUUAAUCACAAUAUUUCAGUCUUUUUUCAGUGCCGGAAAGAAAGAAAAACAAUAUCUCAAGUAAACUAUUUGUUCGCCGCGAUCGGUGUCUAAGUAACCAUUCUAAGCCGUUGUGGACUGGGUCGCAUUAUGAGUCACGUGACAGGAAUAUUGUUUCGAGCGCUUACUUUCAAAUCGACUUCGCAAGUGAACGGUUCGAAGGUGGAAUUUUUCAAGGCGAUAUUUUCACACAAAGGAAUAUUCAGCGUUCUUCAACACCCUAAUGAUAUAAAGUUCCAUACUUAAAAUGGACCCAUUUACUCAGGUAAUUUCUUCAACUCUUUGUUUGCUUGCGUUUUGAGGAACAGUCGUAAAUCGAGAAACUCAAGCGAAACUUGUCGUUAAAAAUACUUCAAGGGUACGCAGCUGGGGUCUUGUUCAUGUCCAAUGUUUUGUUUCUGUGAAUGAUAAUAAUGUACUUGUCGUUGGUUAGUUGAAACUUAAAUAGAUUGAAAUUGGGUGCAAGAGUUUAAUUUUUCGCCUAAACAGGCGAACAGAUGCUUUGAAUCUUACCACGUCGCUGUUGUACUGUAAUAAAGCUUAAAAUUAGUCUCUAACUUUCAGUUCAACAGAAGAAAAAUUAUAGAUAAAACGUAGCAUUUGUUUUUGGUGAUAAAAAUUCUUUGAUUAUUGAGUUGUCCUCUAUGUUUCUAAAACAGAUAUUUUUUUAACUUAACGUUCUUCCCUACGUGAUCUGCGAGAAAUCACUAGUACAUUCCAUUCGUUCCAGUACAACAGAAAAAUUACCGAUGCUUAUCUGAAAUGUAACUGUCAAAUCAUUUGAAAAAAGUAACCUAACAACAGCUCUUUACGGAAGUUUAAUCCUGUUUUACAAAAUGUUUUUUUUUAAUAAGUAAAGGCUAAUAGCUUGUUAUUAUAUUACGUGUAAGUUAUUUUCAUUCGUCGUGACAUUCUUCCCAAUUUCCUUCUAUCUAUCAAACCCUUUUCAAAAAAUAAAUUCUUACGGUUGAUAAUUUAUUUGUUUUUAACAGAAAUUAUUGGCAAGGACUCAGGCAAGGAAAAACCAACUUGUCAAAAAGCGUGAAGAACUUGAAGCAUGCAGAGCUAAGAGAAAUUCGCCCAUUCAUGAUAGAACUCGGCGUCCCUUGUCAGAAGACAACACUGACAGCUGCUCGGCUGAGGUGGAUACUGAUGACAUCAAAAGACGCAGAAUUGGCAGUGAGGACAGUGGCAAAAGUGCUAUUUUGCAAAAUUCCAAGGACAUUGAUGUUAAUAGCCCAUCAGUUCAGGUAAAUUGCCUGCAAAAUCAACUGAAGAAUAUCUACACUGUACCAGUGCACAGUGACGACCAUCAACUUCAAAUAUUAUAGGAUAAGCUGAUUUUAUCAACUGAGUUGAAAAUGUAAAUUGGCCACCAUAAAGAAUUUCUAAUGCUGAUGUUCAAGUGUUAGCCCUUCAUCCAAAAAAAAUGGAGGAGUUGUUGGUUAUGAGUUUUAAAUGCAAAAAAUGGAGCUACGCUAUUGGUGGAAACAGGGUAACAAGAAAAAGCAAGAACUAAUUGGUUGAGAGAAAAGUGCUUAGCAGGACUGCACAACUUUGUCUAGAGUUUUGUGGCUCUCUGAGCUGUCUAGAUGCAGGGAAAGGCCGCAGACUGUCAUAUGCUGUUUAGAAUGAUGAAGAAGAUUAAAGUCAAAUCUCAAAUAUUGUAGUCUAUUAGCAUGCACAUUGUCAAGUGUUACAUGUAGUUAAAGCCCUCAACCUUUAUGUUAAGGAGUGACCAAUUUGGAACUUCUUCCUUGUAAACUCGAUGCUCAUUUUGAGGAAGGAAAAAUUUCUAAGAGAAGGACCUUCCUUCACCAUUAAAAAAAAAAUUAUCCUUUUAGAUGCAACAUUGUAAUAGAUGCAUUUAUGCUAGAGACUUUAAUGUUGUCUAAGACGUUAAAGUCGUCUCGAGACGACUUUAAUGUCUCUAGCAUAAAAACGGCCAAUCUUUCUUUCAAUUAGGCAAGAAAAGAAAGGCUGAUGAAGAUGCAACAGAAAGAUCAAGAAAAUGGUGCAAGGCCAAAGAAACAUUGGAAAGCUGUAACCCAAGGAACUGGAGUGAACAAUUGCAAUGUCAGCAGCCCUAGUGUAGCAUCACGAUCUGAAGCAUUCCAAGCCAAUGCUGCAAAGGAUCAACAGAAGGUGAUUCGUUAUUAUAAUCAAUAACAUAAAUAUCCUUGUUUACUUGGCAUUUAAAACAUAUCUGGGAAGUAUUUUACAUUUUGUGAGACUGAACACAUUGAGCACCUACAAUAUGGGGGGCAAAAUUUACCUGUAACUUAUUUAUGCUAAUUUGAUGUUUGAAUGUCUUUUGUUUUCAGGAGAAUAUAAAGGACAAGAAAUAUCUUGAGCCUCAGGCAUCACAUACCCCUAGUAAACUGGCUGAGGCACGGAGUGUGUUUGAGAAUGGUGUGUCAACAAAAAGCAGAGUGAAUAUUGAAAAAGAGAAAUUUAUACCUCCCCCUAAGCCCCCAAGAGUGGCAGUCACUGAGGACAUUUCUGAUGAAAGUUCUGAAGAACAGUUGCAAGUAGCUAAGAGAAAAGCUCCAUCUCCACCAAAGAAUACUAAAGGAAACAAAGGCAGAGAUCAAAAUAGCAACUCUUUGAUCAAACGGAAAGCUCCAGAACCUCCUACAACUUGUCAGGAUCAAAGCCAGAUUAGGAAUGACAAUAAGAGUGAUAUGGCAAAAAUCAGCAAAGGUGCAGAUGAAAAAAAGAGUGCUAAAACAAGUCAAAGAAGUUCAUCCACUGAUGAGGAAGGCAAUGGAAACUUUCCCCCUGUUCCGGUCAAACGGGAAAGGAAAGGAAGUGUUGAUGAUUUAAAUGGUGUCAACAAAGCUGAUGGUGAUCUACCUAUGCCAAAACCACGAAAAAAAGUGAUUAACUUGAAUGAAGCAGGCAAUGAAGCACAGGAAAGAUGUGCUGACAAUAAGCAAGUGAAAGAAAAUAGAAGGGAAGAAACUUCAGAUGACAAAGUGACUAUUGUUGCCACUUCAGUUGGCAGUGAUGAAAGAGUGAAGCUGAAUCAUGGAAAGCAACUGACAGAAGAACAACCACAUGUCAUCCAGGCCUGUGUGGUUGAAGAGAAAAGCCCAAAAGUUGUUGUUGCAAACAGGGAAAUCACUGGAAGCAUUGUUACUGUCAAAGCAGUUUCCUGUGAUAACUCAGAAGAAAAAGGGAUUGAGAACAAAAGGGAAAAAACCAGAGUCAAUGCAGUGAAAGAAUCCAAAAUAGAGAAACCUCCAAGUGCUGCCAAAGUAGCUGACCAGGAUUCCAAACAGGCGGUAACACCUGUUGUGUGGGAGAAACAGGCCCAAGGCUCUUCAAAGAAGCCAAGAAAAUCUACUAAAAGAGAGGAGUUUGCAUUUAAAGUUCCUAAAAGACCUACCAAAGAGUCCCACUUUGAUCCAAAUGAAACUAUCAACCUUAAUGAUGUAAACAUUCAUGAAAUGACAUUCACCUUUGACUUUGGUCAGUUCGAUGAACUUGAGAAAGAGAGGGAGGGCAUUUUUCAAAUGAGCUAUGAAGAGAAGUGUAAACAGGUACGGUGGCUGAAGUUGUUUUUUCUUUUCAUCAUUUCUGUAUCUAAAACUGUGAUCCAUUAAUCUUUGAUAUUUAUUGAACUUUGCAUUAUAAUGUCAUAAGCAGUUAUUUUUAUUUUUCUAAUUUGGUGAUAUGCUUUGCACAUGUGAUAAGCACUCUAAGCUGAUCCAGAUUUUAAUACUGUAGCAACACUCAUCACAUAAUAUUUUUUCAAUAAUUAUUCCAUAUUACAUGUACAUGUCUCAUUUUUAUUAGGUUCUGAGAAACUUAGCCCUUAACUCUUUACCACAUUUCCAGGUUUUAGCCUGUCAUACUAGGCCAUGUAUUUGUUACGUUGAAUAAACCUCUUGGCCUUCAAGACAUUUAUCCCAUCAUGGGAACUUACUAUUGACACAUUUUAUAGAGUGCUGAGCUUUGGCUUCACCUGUAUGUAUUAACCUUGUGUUACCUUAUUUUGUUCCUUUUUGUAAGCUUGAGAAAGAACAAAAGAGAGAAGAGAGGAAGAGGAAAGAAACUGCUUCAACAUCUUCCAUGGAGUCUGAUAGAGAGGAAAGAGGCACCUACCAAUCUGGAUACAACAGCCAGACUAGUGAACAAUAUGCUACCAAGACAGUACACACGCCUAAACAGCCAGUACCACAGAGACCAAAGAGAAUACAAGAUGAGAUUAAAGUAUGCUUGAAAAAGAGUACAUGCAUGAAGUCCACUUAAUUUACAAUUCAGCAUUUACCACUGAUUUUUUAAAAUUCACAUCCUCUCUGUGCCCCUUGCCCUUUCAUUCCCACAAGUCAUAGAAAAGGAGUUUCUUGUCACUAUAUCAAUAUAUUCUCAAAGAGAAUCUGCCUUCAGGAGUGAAUGUGUCUGCUGACUUGAAAAAAUUUUUUGAAGAGGUCAGUAGACAUGGGAAGAAAUACAGUACAAGAAAAGGGAAGGAAAGACAAUAAACCAAUAUUUAUUUUAAAUUUGUUAUAAAUAAAGUUCUUAGAUUAAUGGUUAAAUCUGUCUUCAUAGGUCCUCCUUGAGGAGGCAGCAUACCAACAGAACAUUGUCCUUCAGGCAAGUCAAGCUCUGAAUUUGUGUGUUGUCAAUGACAUCACCUUUAAAGGUUCCCGGGAAGAAAUUGAAGCAGAAAAAGUGUUAUUACUUGCAAGUAGGUGCACUUGUGAACAAUGUUAUCGCAUUUCAUCGCUGAAAUUCUCUACAUACUUGUAUGCAAUUGUCUUUGACUAAAUAUAGAGUAACUGAUAUACUCAUCUGUAUCUCAAUUGUAGGAGCAUUGAGUAAUCAGAAUUUAUAUUCUUCCUCUAAACACAGCAUUAAAUAUUUAAUCCCAGACUAUCAGAAAGUGUGUAAAAAAUACUUUAUUUCUUAUAAGUUUAUUUUGACAUAUCAUUCUUUAUUAUGAUAUACUAUUAUUAUAAUUUAAUUAUCAAUAGUAUAGUUGCAAAAUUACUCACUUUCUAAUUCUAACAAAUUUUAUUGUAAGCUGAGCACAGAACAGCAUGUCUAGAUGAGGUCAACAAAUUGAAAACUGGUGGUGCUGAAGGUGCGCAGGAAUUUAAAGCAACAAAUGUUGGUUCUGAGAUGCCAGCAUGUACAGCAACCUUAUCCCUGUCAGGUGACUGUCUAAUAGUUAUUUGACCUUGGUUUAACUGAUGACAUGAACAUUUUUCUCUUUAGGCACAAUUGAAAUUCUCUAUUGAGACGAUUUAAAAAAUUAUUUAUUUCAUAGAUAUCAAAAUUACUCUUCAUCAAGAAUUUAUGGACAUGCUGAGAGUGGGCAUCAGAAAUGGUAAGGUAACAAUUAUAUCCCCUUUUGCUGAUCUUCAACUGUAGUAUGUGUAACCUUCUAAAUGCUGAUCUCCUGUUGGUAGUAGGAGUGGGGAGAACAUUAACCCUUUCACUUCCAAGAUCUAAUUAAUAAUUCUCCUUACUAUCUGCCAUACAAUUCUUAUGAUGUUAGUUCAGAGAAUUUGGCAUUGGAUCAACUAAUAAUCCCUUGGUGACAUUCUUCUCUAUUCUCAUCACCUGCCUGCUUGAUAUUGUAUUGAUAUUGUAAGGAGAAAUUCUAUCUUGGUCACUUGUGGGAGUGAAAGGGUUAAGUUGUACAUUUGUGUAUAGAGUACAAUAUGAAGAAUUAAAGUACCAGUAGGGGAAUUGACCUUAAAGAUCUUGCUAAAUUUACAUAUACAGUUUGUUCAGGAAGGAAUCAAUGGAAAUUUGUGAAUUACAGUGCAAUUUACAAGCUUCCCUGGAUGUUGACAUUUGGAACUGGUCAAAUAUGUGUUUCUGUAAAUAAGAAAGCUGAUUUUGUUUGAUGUUUGUUUGUCAGAUCUUGGUGUGUUUUACUUUGUCUGCAUCGUCCAACAUGGGCCACAUGAGUUUUACUGUUCUAGAGUUUUAUCAACAAAUGAUGCCACUGAAGGAAACUUUCUGAUGUUCCCUGACAAGUUUACUUGGUAAGUGAAUUUUCAUGUUAAAUGGUGUUUUGAUCACUGCAAGGCUGUUUAAUCUUAACCAGCACCAUGAGGAACUGCAGGUUACAGUGGUUUUUUACUAGGCAACUUGUAUAGAUGUGCGUAACCUUGAGCCCAGGCACUAAGAUUGACCAGACCCCUAUAACCCUCUAAGUUUCAUGCCAUUAAUGAAUUGGGAAAUUUUCAAGAGUGUGCCUGAGAUCUUGUGUUAUUCUAUUUGCUGUCACAGGAAGGACCUUAAACCAGAUUUUACUAUAGCUGUGAAGCUUUUCUGCAUGGUAAGUUUUAACUUUUUAAUACUCUUAACUUUGGUCCACAAAAUAACAAUCCUACAACUCACAAAAUGAGAUCUGCAAACUCAACUAUCAGGCUCAAUUCCCACUGUUUUCAUAUACCAAGGAAGAUAGAGAAUAUUUUUCUAGUGCAUUGUAAAUGCAAAAUUUCAUAUAUACAUCCAGAUUUUUGAUCAUAAGAUUCAAAAGUUAAGUAUUAUUUAGAAUAAUUUUAAUUGAGUGUUUUUUUUUCUUCAGAAUGUGAAAAAGACACUAAUGUCUGCACCUGUAUCCACUCCUACCAAACACAAGAUCUUCCAAUCACCUAAAGUGGUGAAAGGGAAGCUUGCUGGUGUAAGAAUAAGAAUGAUCUUUAUGUAUACUAUAUGAUUAAUCUUCAAAGUUGUUUUGCAUGCAGAAAAUAAGAAUGAGGGAUCUCUUAGGUACAGGUGUCAAACAUUUAAUUGGUAAUUCAGGCCUUUCAGUCAGUUUUGAAGCAGCCUCUUACAUCCAAGAUAUGUGGGCAAGUGUAACUUAACAACAACAAUUAACAUCUUCACCCAUAACAAUGAGUGAAACAAGAAACACAGGUUACAGCCCUGAGUAAUAAUUAGUUUUGCAAAUAGUUCUGGGGUGUAACAUUCAGCCUUCGUCAUUCACAUGCUUACUCACUGAGAUUCCUUUGUUUGUCUGCUUUUUCCAUUCAGCGACGUGCAUCUGACACUCCUUCACCAGGUAAGUACUUUUAGUAAGUAAUUCAGGUAAUUAUUAAAAGCUCAUUAAUAACUGAUAGAAAUCCUGAAAUAUAUUUUCAGCGACUCAAGUUUCAGCGUCACCACAAACAGUGUUCAGAACUAGUAGCUUUGUGCCUGUUGGAGUGACACAUGUCAACCUGCCAAUCAUCAAAUCAAAACGAUUUUCUCUUGAUAAGGUGUGUUAAUAUAUUUCUUUGUCAAUAUAAUAGAAGUUAGGGAAGGAAGAAUGUUGACUAUGAUGGCAGCAACAAGAGCCUUUGCAGCAGUCAGAUCUGAGUCCAUUUAAGAACCCCUUUGCUCUAGGGGACUCCCUACUGACUCAUAAGAAGCAGAAAGAACUGCAGCAAUGCAAUAAUGUUUUAUUAUUACUAUAUAUGGUUUUUGAUGGAUUUUGUAGCUCUCAAAAUGAAAAAUGCAUCUGAUCAAACCCAUCUUUUGAUUAUGUAUAUGGAGUUUUUAAAAAUGCCACACUAGUUUGCACUAUUGAGAACUUGCCUUUAUUUUAUCAUCAGGUGCCUGACACUUGUCCUUUGGCAAACUUCUUGGAAAUGAAAGUUGACUGCUCUCCUCAAUACAGCAGCAGUGUCAAUGGAUUUCUGGUAGGGGCCUAUGUGUACUUAUGGUGGAGACUGCUAAAAAUCAGUGUUUUAAUAGGUAAUAUAUAUACAAGGUACCAAGAUUGCAGGCAAUGGGGAUGAACAAUAUCCCUCACUUUGUGGGAAAAGCACAUGUUGUCAGCCAUAGAAAAGAUGUCAGGAAGAAAGGUGUUCCUCUUGCUGAAAAUCUUUUGUAGAGAGCAUUGAUGUUGUACAUUUUAUCAUGUCACUUUGGAGCAUGGAUGUAGGAGAUGCAGUAAUCUAAUGGUCAGUGCACUGGACUCAGGAUUGAGAGGUCCAGGUUCAAAACCUGGCUGCAUCAAUGUGUUGUGUUCUUGGACAAGACACUUCACUCUCACUGUGUCUCUCUCCAUCAAAAAGUAUAAAUGGGUUCUACUGAAUUUUCCAGGAAGCCCCUUAAAAUGCUGGUGGGUAACCUUGCAGUGGACAAUCAUCCUAUCCAUGAGGGAGUGGUAAUACUCUUAGCUACUACAUGCUACAUGGAAACUGGGAUAAGCUCUAUGGGUGGGUCAAUAGGCUCCAGUACAGGCUUUACCUUUUAGGGUCAUGGAGAGUUUUGAACAUCUAUCAUUACAGGUUCUCACCAUCAAAUUGUCUCCCUUUUUUCAUCAGACUAUCUUAGAGGACAUUGGGGGCUAUGGAGCCUGGCAGAGAAGAUGGUGUGUGCUACAAGGAGCUGUGAUGUCCUAUUGGAGAUAUCCAGGAGAUGAGGAAACCAAGGUAUUUUUUAAAGUGAAUCCCCAAUUAUUUUGAAAUUUUGAAAUUAAAAAUUACAUCAUUUUUUAGUCCUGAGAGGUCACAGAAUGUUAGUUUGGGUCUUCAGAAGUCAUGGGAAAGGAAUGAAAAUUAUUUCCUAGGCAACAAAAAUCUAAGCAAGAAAUACUGUGUUUGGGACUAACCUUUGAAUCAUGUCAUACAGAACCUCUGCAAAAGUCCUGGAAGUGUUUGAUUUAAAUUUAUAAGUAACACAACAAGCCAAGAAAAUUGAGAUACUCUGACCUACCAAUUUUCCUGAUUUUUCUUACAAGGCUUGGACUCUUUGGCUCAAUUUACAUUAUCUAACAGUCGUGUUUCUUUCUGUUAAAGUCCCCAAUGGGCUGCAUCAAUUUGGCAGAUUGUAUCAGUGAAGAAGUCACAAGAGUGGCGAGAGACCUGUGUGCUCGUCCAAACACUAUGGAACUGAAGCUCAGGAGGUCUUGUGGUACUGAAGUCAAGUAAGUUAUAGUAUAGUCAUGAUAUAAUCAUCGUCGGUAAAGUUAAUAAUAGGUUCAACUUUAUUUCACUUGUAUGCUAUACAGUGCCAACAUUAGCAAACUAGUGAAAAGUUGUCAAACUAAAAAUUAUGGAAUUCAAAUUUAUAUGUAAUAACAAUUGAUUGCUCCUGCUUGAUUUGGGAAAUUAUUUUAGUUGCUUUUACUUUACUCUCUUCAUGCUUUACUCUUCAUUCCUCCUUUAUUUUUUAAAGACUCUUGUUUUAAAUGGGUAGGUGCCUUCUACCUCAAAUCCUCUUGAAAGACCUGUAUAUUACUAUCAUAAGACUCUUGUAUAUCUUCAACAUUUGUGAAGCUGUAAUGAUGACAGUGUUUUAGCGUCAAAAUUGAAAGGGAACUAGUUCAGCAAUUUCUGUUUGUUAACUACCAAAUAUAAGGUACCUGUUGGCUGCUGAUACCAAAAUGGACCGUGCAACAUGGAUUGACAGUCUAAAUGAAGCACUCAGAGAUGGCCGUGCAUGGACAGGAAAGGAUAAGGAAGCCCUGUACCCUGACUUGAGCCACCUACACAAUCAAGAUGUUUAUAUGUGUUCAAAGGCUACUGUCUGAGCAUUUUGGCUUUGGAUACAUCAAAUGCGCUUCUAUUGACCUUGCAAUGCCUGAAUCACCUUUGACAUAAAAUGAACAAGUUUAUUAUAAUUGUAAGUUUCUACAUGUGAAUUUUAGAGCUUGAUCAACUAUCAAUUCAAAUGAGUAGUUGAUGCUUGAAUGCAAUUGUCUUUUUGUAGACAUUACAUUAAAUAACUGGAAGAUUUAAGCCAAAUUCUGCAGAAUUUUAGAAAUAACUGUCACUUAAUAUAACUUUAUUUUAACAGAUGAAAUGUCAUGUCUUUUUGCACACCAGAGCUGUUGUAAAACACAAGUCAGUAGGAUUUCCAGUCUAGAGGAGGUUUCAGUCUUGUCAUAGCAAUUGCAUCACAAUGCUGUAUUCCUAAAAAACAAGAAGGGAAAUGUAAAGCUCAUGAUGGUCCUUAUAUCAUGGCAUUAUUUACCUCUCCCCUUAGUUUGGAUAGUAAAUGAAAGAUCUUAACUUUGUCUCCUUUGCAACCAUUCUUUGAGCCAGGCACUGCAUGGCAUUCCAAAGAACAGUUGCAAAGGAGACUGGAUUAUACCUUGGAUAUUCAGGGAAUUUUUGAGAUCAAUGUAUUUGAUUUCUGGAAAUUAGUCAGCGAUGACUCUUUCCAUCAACUUCCCUAUUACUGCAGUACAACUUUUGUUAGGCAAAACAGUGAAUCAAUAUUUUCAGUCAAUGGGCUAUAAAUUGUCUACAGUGAAAUUGAGAAUUAAUAGAUGAGAGGGACAGUUUUGAGCUGGAUUUACUACUUGCUGAAUGAUCAUAUUUUAAUGUCAAUAAUUAAGAAGAGGUGGAAUAUAAUUAAUAUAGUACACUUGCA